AAUUUUAGAUUUUAGGUUUUAGAUAUUGAAAAUGGAGAAUGACGCUGGAGAAUUCGUUGAUUUAUAUUGUCCCAGAAAAUGUUCUGCAAGCAACCGAAUUAUUCAUGCUAAGGAUCAUGCCUCUAUUCAAAUAACCUUGGCUGAUGUUGAUCCAACAACAGGAAGAAUGUUGGACACGUAUACAAUGUAUGCAAUAUGCGGAGCAAUCCGUCGAAUGGGGGAAUCCGAUGACUGUAUUGUUCGCCUUGCAAAGAAGGAUGGUAUUUUAGCACGAAAUUUUUAAUAUAAAAUGUGCAUAAAUAAAUUUAAAAAAAAUUCUUA